CAUCCAGCGGUAUCACACCUUUAACCGGCCUUUCUCUAUAAAUACCUCCCUCUCUCUCUCUCUCUCAUCUCUGUGUCUCCCCAAAGCCCUAACCCUAAUUUCGUACAAUAUCUCCGCUCGAUUCACGAUUCGCAAUCGAAUUUCUGCGCUCCAAUAACCGAUGGCGACAAAACCACUUACAACUGAAGCAAUUGCUCUUACAGAGAAGAAGAUGGACAUGACAUUGGAGGAUAUCAUUAAAAUGUCGAAAGUUGCUCCCAAGGGUAAGAACCAGCGGAGAGCUUCGAAUAAAUCUCAGAAUUUUGCAAAGGUUGCUGCUCAAGAUAAACCAACAAAGCUGCGGCGCUUUAUGGACUCAAGAUCUUCCAUUAGACAGGGGGUUCUAGCUCAGAGAAGGUCAAAUUUUCAGAGAAACCAAUUCCCCAUAGCAGCUGAGGCUGCGCGAAGGGCAGCAGUUGCUCCUCCUCGCAAUAGAGCUUUUAAUCGUAACCGGGUGCCCAACUGGAAACCAAGGGCUGGUGCACCAUUUGAUCAAAGAAGGGUUGCAAAUGUUGGCUUUGGUAGCAAGCUACCACUGCCGCAGCAGCAGCAGCAUCAGCACCCUCGGCAGCAAGAGAAUGCACUUCCUAAGCAGAGGCCUCAAACACUCGAUUUGCUGUUUGCAAACAUGAAGGAGCAGAGGAUGAAAGCGCAACCACGCCAGAACAAUGGCGUACCGCGCACCAAUAGGGGUGGCCAGCAGAGGCCCCCUUGGGGAAGAGGCGGACGGUUUGGCAACUAAUUCAUCAUACACAAAAAAAAAUGCCCUGCUGGAGAGGUACUAUUCUUGGUGAAAGAAAGAAGGCAAGUGCUGGAAUUGAUGUCUACAUCUGGAUGCGAGUGUGUAGAUGAUAUGCAGAAUGUACUGACCGACUUUUGUCACCUUCAUUUUUUCUGUUUUUACGCGACUUUGCAGUACUCAGGGUUUUCUUUUCGUUUCAUUUGCCAUCAAAAAUGUGUGUAUAGUAGUGAUCUCGUCUGUUGUGAACUAGCAAUCCAUGCUUUCAAAUAUAUCAUUGUUUCUAGA